AUGGAGCAACAAAGAAACCAAAAGAUUGCUAAUCAACAGCAACAACAUAAUGAGGAUCUUGAAGAGAUGCAACAUGGGCCUUCCCCUGUUGAACAGCUUCUGGCGUCAGGCAUUGCUUCCCUCGACGUAAAGAAACUUAAAGAUGCAGGUCUCUGCACAGUUGAAUCUGUUGCUUUUUCUCCCAGGAAAGAGCUUCUGCAAAUUAAAGGAAUCAGUGAAGCUAAAGUUGACAAAAUCAUUGAAGCAGCUUCCAAACUGGUGCCCCUGGGCUUUACCAGUGCUAGCCAACUCCAUGCUCAGAGGCAAGAGAUAAUUCAGAUAACAUCUGGAUCAAGAGAACUUGACAAGAUUUUGGAAGGAGGGGUUGAGACAGGAUCUAUCACUGAGAUAUAUGGUGAGUUCCGCUCUGGAAAAACUCAGCUGUGCCACACACUUUGCGUCACUUGCCAACUUCCAUUAGAUCAAGGAGGAGGGGAGGGAAAAGCAAUGUACAUAGAUGCAGAGGGCACAUUCAGGCCGCAAAGGCUCUUGCAGAUAGCUGAUAGGUUUGGGCUGAAUGGCGCUGAUGUCUUGGAGAAUGUGGCUUAUGCUCGGGCAUAUAACACUGAUCAUCAAUCAAGGCUUUUGCUUGAAGCAGCUUCAAUGAUGGUGGAAACAAGGUUUGCACUUAUGAUAGUAGACAGUGCUACUGCUCUAUACCGAACAGAUUUUUCUGGAAGGGGAGAACUUUCAGCCCGGCAGAUGCAUCUAGCAAAGUUCCUUAGGAGUCUUCAGAAAUUAGCAGAUGAGUUUGGUGUGGCUGUUGUCAUUACAAACCAAGUAGUUGCACAAGUUGAUGGUUCUGCUAUUUUUGCUGGACCUCAAAUCAAGCCUAUUGGUGGCAACAUAAUGGCUCACGCUUCUACAACUAGGCUUGCUCUCCGGAAGGGAAGAGGGGAGGAGCGCAUAUGUAAAGUAAUAAGUUCUCCUUGUUUAGCUGAAGCUGAAGCACGGUUCCAGGUCUCUGCUGAAGGUGUAACUGAUGUUAAGGAUUGA